UACUGGCUUAUAUCAUAAGACCUCUGAAGACCAGCACACGUGUUGAUACCUAUUAGUACUUUGUCCCCAACAAAAGCCUUACGUAACUGAGGUUUAAAAGUACGAUUCUGCAUACUAAAGAGGUAGAAAGUCCACGAUGAGAACACCUACAGUAACAUGAGAGAGUGAAUUUCUCAUGACGAAGCAUCAGUGUGGUUUUAGAACCAAAGUUCUGGGAUGCUUGACGAGGUUCGAAGGGAUCUGUAAAGCGGCGUCGUAGGUACAGAUCAAAAUGGAUCUAAGGAAGCAGCAGAUUGCAGACUUCACGGAGGAAGCGGAGGCUGAACCGAGGUUCCUGGGGACUUUGGGCUUUAAGGACGCUGGACCAGGCCCUGGCCCAGUAGGAUGCCCCCGUGUCCUCCCCAGCAGAGCAGGGACAGGGGGACACAGUUGCCCACUCCAGAGCUGGGCGAGAUGGAGCUGACUUGGCAAGAGAUCAUGUCCAUCACUGAGCUGCAGGGCCUAAAUGCUCCAAGUGAGCCGUCGUUUGAGACCCCAGCCCCAGCCCCAUACCCUGGGCCCCCGCCGCCCCCGACUUACUGCCCCUGCUCGAUCCAUCCAGAUGCUGGCUUCCCCCUUCCUCCAACACCUUACGAGCUCCCGGCAGCCGCAUCUCAUGUCCCAGACCCGUCGUACUCCUACGGCAACAUGGCCAUACCGGUUUCCAAGCCCCUGACCCUCUCAGGCCUGCUCAGUGAGCCCCUCCCAGAUCCCUUGGCUCUCCUGGACAUCGGCCUGCCAGCGGGGCCCCCGAAGCCCCAAGAAGACCCAGAAUCUGACUCAGGACUAUCCCUCAACUAUAGUGACGCUGAAUCUCUUGAGCUGGAGGGGACGGAGGCUGGUCGGCGGCGCGGCGAGUAUGUAGAGAUGUACCCGGUGGAGUAUCCCUACUCACUCAUGCCCAACUCUUUGGCUCACCCCAACUAUGCCUUGCCACCUGCAGAGACCCCCUUAGCCCUAGAACCCUCCGCAGGCCCUGUGAGGGCCAAGUCCACGGCACGGGGGGAGGCGGGGAGUCGGGAUGAGCGUCGGGCCCUGGCCAUGAAGAUUCCCUUCCCGACGGACAAGAUCGUCAACUUGCCGGUGGAUGACUUCAACGAGCUACUGGCACGGUACCCGCUGACGGAGAGCCAGCUGGCCUUAGUCCGGGACAUCCGACGGCGGGGCAAGAACAAGGUGGCGGCCCAGAACUGUCGCAAGAGAAAGCUGGAGACCAUCGUACAGUUGGAGCGGGAGCUGGAGCGGCUGGGCAACGAGCGGGAACGGCUGCUCCGCGCCAGGGGGGAGGCCGACCGGACCCUGGAGGUCAUGCGCCAGCAGCUGACGGAGCUGUACUGUGACAUCUUCCAGCACCUGCGGGACGAGGCAGGCAACAGCUACUCCCCCGAAGAGUACGCCCUGCAGCAGGCCGCCGAUGGGGCCAUCUUCCUGGUGCCCCGGGGGACCAAGGUGGAGGCCGCCGCCGCCGACUGAAGGGCGGGGCUGGCACCCCCGAGGGGUCUUAAUUCCCUUCUGCUAAGGGUGCUCCUCCCUAGCAGGAGCGAGUUCUCUAGAGCGGAAGGGGACAAGGGGAACCUAGCAUUUGGAGGUCCGAGGCGGAUCGGUAAGGCUUGCCUUAGGGAAGGG